GCAAGGCAAGAAAAGGAAGGGAAAAAAGGAGCUAAGCCAAGGUGCAUGCAUAUGUCGUGUUUGUGCGCUGUCGACCGAAGAGGCCUGGUCUGAGAGUCUCUCGCGGUGCCGGGGAGGGGGGGGCGCCAGAGCAUUUGUUUAAAUGUCUCCCCCAGACGGCCCUCCCGCCUGGUUAUCCCCUCUCCCUUCGUUGCUGUUCCGUCGUUGUCGUCGUCUCACCCAAAAAAUAACCUAAUACCCCAUCAUUCGCUCGGGGUUGCUCUCGCUUUUACAACUUUAUAAUACUCUUUUAAUCAACCCAGGCGUCGCUGUUUCCCCGUUCCCCCCGACCCUGUAACCUUACGUUCGAGUCGAAUACCAUCAAGAUGCGUUUCUCCACCGCCGUUGCCGUUGCGCUCUCCGCGUCCGUCAGCCUCGUCGCUGCCCAGAACAAGUGCGAUGCUCAAAACAUCGUUGACACGUGUGUUUCCGGCUACCAGUCGCGCAUCGACGCCUGCAACAAGAAGGGCAACGACUUCAUCUGCCUGUGCGACGUCUACCGUGACGUCCUCGUCUGCUACAACAACUGCCCCAACUCGCUCGACAAGCCCCCAGUCGAGAACACCGUCACCUCGUACUGCAAUGCUGCUGAGCCCCUGCGCGCCGCUGCUUCCAGCUCCAUGGCUUCCGUUGCUAGCGUAGCCGCUACACAGUCUCACGCCUCGGCUACCAAGACCAGCGAGCCUUCUGCUACUGGUUCCGGCUCUGGCUCUGGCUCUGCCAGCUCUACUUCCCCAACUGCCCCUGCUUUCUCGGGUGCUUCCGGUGCCGACAAGAACAGCAUCAAGGCCGGUGCUGCUCUUCUUGCCCUGGUCGGUGCUGCCGGACUUUUGUAAGAAGUGAGAAUGAGAGUUUGAGAGGGGGUAACGUGGGUUUGGGUUGGAAGUGUGGAUAGGAUCAAUUUCAAUUGGGACAAGCAUUUGCUAUGCCUGUUGGAUCACUGUUUUUUUUGUCUUUUGUCGUGUCUUUCUUGCCUGUGAUUUUGUGCAUUCCAAUUUUUUUGAGCUUUGCGUGAAACAGAUAUCACUCUUUUUUUUUUU